GGUCUAAUACUAUAGCUACAGCAUGCAAUGCAGAAGUGCAGACACCUGGUGCUGGAGGGGUUAAAAUCCCAGUAUCCCCAGUCCUCUCCCUGUGACCUUAUCUGGAUGCAAUAUCCAUAGGGAGGAGGGCAAAGCCAUGCAUGCCUGAUCAGGGAAGAGGAGGAUCAUGAUGAUACACAGUGUAUUAUAAAGAGCCAGAGGAGGGAGCCCGGCUGCAUCACUAUGAGCUGAGCCAGGAGCCAUGCACCUCUCUGUAUGCAGCCCCCCACAGUGACCAGUCCCUGCUUCAGCCUGGAUGCCUCAGCUCCAUGAAAGAUGUGUUAUGGAAUGAGAGGAGGAAGGAGAGCAGCAGAUCCAGGUCCCCAGCAUUCGGUGCUGACGCUGCUCCUAUGGGUCCAAGUCUCACUCUGCUCCGGCCCAGUCCAGCUCUCAGUGGGAUUUGAUGACAUUACUGCUUGUCCUGUUCUGGACAUCCCUGAAAAUGGAUACAGGACUCAGAUCAAGAGCGUCUCUGAAAUCGCCAUCGUUCGGUUCCACUGUCAGAACGGAUACAGACUCAAAGGUCCAGCGAAGAAGACGUGCGUGCUGCUCAAUAACGGCUCUCUGGCAUGGCGGCCGAACGAUACACCAGUGUGCCUAGAACAAGUCACAGAUUGCCUUGCUCCUUACAUUGAAGAUGCCGAUGUUCUCAACAAGACCUACAAGACCGGAGACAAGCUGGUCAUGAGCUGCCGAGAAGGCUUCCAGACACGCUAUCCCGACUUUGACAACAUGGCUUCGGUUUGUCAAGAUGACGGAACGUGGGAAAACCUGCCCUUGUGUCAAGGUUGCUUGAGGCCUUUGGUUCUUCCUCACAGCUAUGUAAACAUCUCGGACUUCGACUCCUCGUUCUCGGUGGGGCGGGUGGUGUCGUAUCAGUGUUUUCCUGGGUAUAAGCUGGAGGGUGCAGAAUACCUGGAGUGCAUGUACAACCUCAUCUGGUCUGACGAACCUCCCAGGUGCCUUGAUGUGGAAGUAUGCCCCCUUCCCCCGAUGGUGGCCCAUGGAGACUACAUUUGUCACCCUCAGCCCUGUGAGCGGUACAUACACGGGACCGUGAUUGAGUUCUACUGUGACCCCGGGUACGUCCUUUCCAACGAUUACAAGUACUUCACCUGCCAGUCUGGAGAGUGGUUCCCAUCAUCUCCGCUCUACUGUGAGAAGAUGGUAGAAAAAUCCUGGCCGAACAGCCAAGAGACGAUGCUGACCACGUGGAAGAUCGUGGCGUUCACAGCGAGCAGCGUCCUCCUGGUCCUCCUCUUGGUUAUCAUCGCCAAAAGUUUCCAGACCAAGUUCAAGACCCAUUUCCUCCCGAGAAGUCCCCAGGACAGCUCGGCGGAACCGGACUUUGUGGUUGUGGAUGGUGUCUUGGUUAUGCUACCUUCCUAUGAUGAAGCGGUCAGCAGUGCCGUCAAUGUCACCCCGCCUGGCUAUAUGUCCUCUGCUGGUCAGAGGAGCCCAUCUAACACUGAGGAAUCCCACCCCCCUGCGUAUCCUGGUAAUCCUAACACGGACAGCUUAUGUGAGGAGUCAGAGACCUUUGACAGCUUGUUGGAAACUUCUGACCUUCCUCAUACGUUACAUUCUUCUUCUAUGACACACAUAAGGACCCCAGGCACCCAGAAUAUGAACAGUGAAACAGCGACCACGAGUCCAAGCAUUGACAUUGCAGACGAAAUCCCACUGAUGGACGACGAAGAGGAGGUGGAGACAUAAGGACCGUACUAUAGACUUUACCUUUACACUCACUUUCAUUUUCUUGUCUUGUUGAUUUCUCCUAAACUGAGCUCAGAUAUUUUGGUAACUAUUUCUUCCAUUAAAUCGGCAAUAAUACGGGACAUGGGCCGAGAUGUUGGACCUCAAUGAACUUUAUGGAUUCCAAAGCUGAAGGGGUAGACGGUGACGGAACGCAUGCCCAACACCCAACGCAACAAGGAAUCGUUUUCUACUUGCAUUUCACUAAGGAACUUAUGUAGUGACUGUGACGUUCUCCUUACGUUGAUGGG